UUUUCCUUCUGGUCGGAGGUAGGAUUGAGUGGUGGUUUGCUUGGAAUUGAAUGUAUGGCAAGUCGGAGUUGCAGGAGAUUUGGAAGGUCUUUUUCGAUUUCUAUUAAGGCCGCCUCCUCCUCCGCUACUGCUUGUAGUCGAACAAGGGCAUUCUCCUCAGCGACGUCGUCCAGUGGCGGCUGCAACGGCGACCCUCAGAUUAAUGGUACUCUCCAGCAUCAAACUGAGAGUGGGGGGGUGCCAUCAAUUAAUCUAUUCUCUGCAAUUAAUCAAGCCCUUCACAUCGCCUUGGAUACCGAUCCUCGUGCUUAUGUAUUUGGAGAAGAUGUGAGUUUUGGUGGAGUCUUCCGAUGUACAACAGGAUUAGUCGAUCAAUUUGGCAAACACAGAGUUUUCAAUACCCCUCUUUGUGAACAGGGCAUUGUUGGGUUCGGGAUUGGCCUGGCUGCAAUGGGAAAUCGAGCUAUUGCAGAAAUUCAAUUUGCAGAUUACAUCUAUCCGGCCUUUGAUCAGAUUGUCAAUGAAGCUGCUAAAUUCAGAUAUAGGAGUGGCAAUCAAUUUAAUUGUGGAGGUUUAACAAUAAGAGCACCCUAUGGAGCCGUGGGUCAUGGUGGGCAUUAUCAUUCACAAUCCCCUGAAGCAUUUUUCUGUCAUGUUCCUGGCAUCAAGGUAGUCAUACCUCGAAGCCCAAGGCAAGCAAAGGGGUUGUUACUUUCAUGCAUUCGUGACCCUAACCCUGUUAUCUUCUUUGAACCAAAGUGGCUUUAUCGUUUGGCUGUUGAAGAGGUUCCUAAGCAUGAUUAUGUGUUGCCUCUAUCAGAGGCAGAGGUGAUUCGAGAAGGUUCUGACAUCACACUGGUUGGGUGGGGAGCUCAGCUAUCCAUCAUGGAACAGGCCUGUCUUGAUGCUGAAAAGGAUGGAAUUUCUUGUGAACUAAUAGACCUAAAAACUCUAAUACCUUGGGACAAGGAAACAGUAGAGGCAUCUGUUAGAAAGACUGGAAGGCUCCUUAUUAGUCAUGAAGCUCCAAUUACUGGUGGAUUUGGUGCUGAAAUUUCUGCCUCAAUUGUUGAACGUUGCUUCUUAAGGUUAGAAGCUCCGGUGGCUAGAGUUUGCGGCCUGGACACACCUUUUCCUCUAGUUUUUGAGCCUUUCUACAUGCCCACCAAGAACAAGAUAUUGGAUGGCAUCAAAUCCACUGUCAAUUAUUAGUUACUCAGCAACCCCGAUCGCAAUGUCAUUAUGCUCUUUUGUGUCUAGUUUUAGUUAAAGGUAUCCAUCCAUCCUAUUACGCAGAAAUUAAAAACAUAAAUUCCGAACUGCUUUUGUUGCUAAUUUCAUCCUUUUUGUUCUGUAUGAUACUUCAUCCAUCCUUGUACUAUUAUCUCUGAACAAAUUAUUCUUAAUUGUAAUAAAAACAUAUUUCAUUGUCCUUAUCAA